UGUGUGUGUGUGUAAGUGAAUGUUCCUCCAAAGCCCACGGAUCAGUGUACGCAGGACGGAAGCAUGGGAAAGAUGUAGUGGCUCGACAUCCAAGAAUUUCCAACCCCACAUACGUCAAGGUGUAAAAUCGGUAUGAAAAUAAGCAGUCGAACUUCCCAUAUUUAAGGAAAACUCCAUGCAAUGAGGGACAGUUUAUAAGGCGUGUUGGUUUCGUUCUGAGCAGAACAUGGCCAGCGCAGUGCUGUGGAAACCCAGACCCUGAUGCCGCAAUCUCUGCACGCCGGUUCUCCUGGCCCAUCUGUGUGCUGAGAGAGGGGGUGACGGUCGUACUAAUGCUUUCAGAUUCUGACAACUGCGGGUCUCACAGCAAACCAAGUACAGAAGAUUCCAGACUGUGCAAGCUCCCUCUAGUAGUGGAAUGGAGCAGUGAUGAAUGGGGACACUCCCCCCAGCGACCUAGACCUGCCCUCAUGCCCGCUGCCUGACUGGAAGGAGUUCUGCGAGCUCCAUGCCCGUGCCACAGCCUCCGACUUCGCCAGAAAGUUCCGGCGCUUUUUGAGCGAGAAUCCCUGCUAUGACUAUCCCGGCGCCCAAGCCACCUUCUCCCACCACUUUGCCCGCCAUUUCCUCGACUGCUUUUCGACCGCGCUGAGCCGCAGCCCUGGUUCGCUCGGUGCCCCCAGGUAUGGCAUGGUGCCCUUCGCCAGUCUCCACAGCUGCCCACCACCCCGUGCCCACAAGCUAUGCCAGCAGCGUAAGGAUGCAGACACAUCCAACGAGUCCCUGGACAGCAUGGAUGGCGGGCUGGGAAAACCUAACACCAGGGCCAAGCCAUUUGUGCCCAAGGCGUGGGCACUGGGCCAGUCACGCAGCUCGGAGGACGUGUCGGCCGGAGACCCCGUCGGGAAGGGCCUCUCCCUGCGCAAAAUAAGCCUGUGUGUGGUGGACAGUGUGCGGGACAUCUGGCAGCGGCGAGCCUCACCAGAACCCGGCUGCGGCCACAGCGCCAACGAGGAUGGCCAGGGGCUGCGCCUUCCUCGGGGACUGCACGGGCAACGGACAGAGCCGCCGGAGGUCCAGAGAGAGGGGGCGCUGCGCUACAUGGUGGCUGACGACGCCACUUACGCCUCCCAUUGGCAGAAGUGCCGACUGCUGCUGAGGAGGGCGUUUCCACGGUCCGAGGGCGAGCGCUUCAUCCUGGAGUUCUAUGUGCCGCCCAAGUCCUCCAAGCCCAAAGUCAGCAUCCCCUUGUCAUCUGUCAUGGAGGUCAGGACUACCAUGCCCCUAGAGAUGCCCGACAAGGACAACACUUUCGUCCUGAAGGUGGAAAAUGGUACUGAGUAUAUCCUGGAGACCAUCGACUCCCUUCAGAAGAACUCCUGGGUGGCGGACCUUCAGGACUGCAUGGAGCCGGGGGACAGUGGUGAUGAUAUUGAGCUGACCUCACACCCCCACGGCCAGCCGCUCAGGGACUCCCCACUGCCCGCCUCCUGCAGCUGUGAGCUUCUGUCAGAAGAGGUACACCGAGCCCCCGAGGGUCCUUGCUCCACGGCAGCUGACCUCUACAGCGCCCCCCGUAUCCGCUUCACACAGUAUCACCCCCAUGUACCCCUGGAGUGCUUUCUGGAGUCACUGGAGUGUCAAACGCCCACCCCCCCUGCAGGGGGACACAGCGAGGGGGCAGUGAAGGCAGACACCAGCCUGGCCGGCUACCCAUGGUUCCAUGGUACUCUGACGCGGAUGCGAGCAGCUCAGCUCAUCCUGGUGGGCGGGGCACGAAGCCACGGGCUGUUCGUGAUCCGCCAGAGCGAGACCCGUCCAGGGGAAUACGUCCUGACCUUCAACUUCCAGGGCAAGGCCAAGCAUCUCCGGCUCUCGGUGAACGACAGUGGCCAGUGCCACGUGCACCACCUCUGGUUCCAGACGAUCUGUGACAUGCUCCGUCACUUCCACACCCACCCCAUCCCCUUGGAGUCGGGGGGGACGGCCGACAUCACGCUGCGCUGCUACGUCCAAGUCCCACGCCCCCCCCCGGACAUGGGUGUGGCCCAGCACCCUGCUCUGCCCAGGGAUUUUGGGUGCCAGAGUGAGUCUCUGCAGCCCACACACCAAUCCCCUGGGUACUCGCCUGCCAACAGGCCCGCCUCCCCUGGAGCCCCACCCACCUACACCAGGCAUGAGUCGGGCAGAAUGUCAGGGCUGCGCAGCCGGAGCAGCAGCUCAGAGAGGCUUCUGGAGCCCUAUAGCGCCUCCCCAGAGGAAUACCAUGAGAAUGACGGCGGGCAGAGGACCAGAGCCGUGGAAAACCAGUAUUCCUUCUAUUAAGCCCCAGGGAUGACAUAUUGAGCUCAUACUGACUGAUCCACCAGGAAGUACAAAGAGAAAAUCCUGUCUUUAGGCAGCAAAAGCUGACGGACCAUUUGACGCCGCCCCAGUCUGGUUUAUCUGCGGGGCAGCUGCAGGCUGGGGAGUCUCGUAAACAGCAGGGACUCUGAAGCCAUUGCAUCCAUUUCCUGUGUGACGGGGCAGAUGUGACGCGAUUGCAGAUCCUUCGGGGCCAGGGAAGGCGGAUGCAGUCUGGAAAAUCAUAUGGAAAUAAUUCCGAUUGCUUCACAUUCAGCCUGUGCUGGUUAAAUUUGCCUAAUUACUGAUUUAUUAAUUACAAUGCAUUCUCGUAGCAGUGAAACCUGUUUAUACUCAGAGGAAGAAUCUACUGAAUCUGUCAAAGUAGCUCAAAACAGGAAAAUGUUAGUAAACGUUAUGCUUUAAAAAAGUAAAACAAACUAUUACUAACAUUUAUUACUGUUGUUUACUAUUCACACCUAAGAGGACUGUCAGCACAGGCUAUGGAGAUCAUGUGACCUGAUGACAUCACAUCUCAUGGCCACUCAUGUAGCACAUGUUAGAUGGCCAGGCUGAUAUCGAUCCCUAUCUUCCGGUCCAAAUCAAACUGUGGGUGAACUUGAAUGGAAACCAGAUGGCAGCAUAAAUGUCAGAAUCAACUACACUGUUUUAAUAUCGGGUUAUGUGAGCAAUUCAGGAAUGCAGGAUGUAAAUGCUACCAUUAUCUCAGUCCCCCAUUGGAUUGAGAGAAUGUGCCAAUCUGAAAUAUCUUUUUAAGAAUAUUUAUUUAUCAGUUAUGCCAUGUUUUGCUUGCAUCUGUUCAGUCCGUAAAACAAAUGCCGUAAUCUGGCUCACGCGACGACAGUCACGUUCUGUGGAAGAACGUCUUUUCUUUAGCACUGUUGUCAGCGUAUUUUUAAAAAGAAUGUUUUUCAUACUGAAAUGUACCUUUCACAGAGGCUGCACACUUUUCUACAAAGUAUCUUAUGUACGGCUUUAUAAUACUGUGAAUAAAACCUUAUUACUUUUUAAAACCAAUUUAAUUAAAUAAUCAACACCUU